UUCGAUGUAUCGGAUGAAGUCUUCAUCACAAAUAUCGUAACUUGUAUCCUCAAUUGCGUAUUUUCUCUGUUAACAUGUAUGGCAAACUUUCUUAUUGUAUUCAGUGUGAUCGGAAAAACCCACGAACUUCAUUCGCCGUCUUUCGUCCUUUUGGGUUGCCUGGCGAGCUCGGAUCUUGUCGUCGGCCUGAUUUGUCAACCAAUCCUCGUUACUCAUAAAAUAGCCGAACUUAAUAAAAACUUUCCUGCUUACUGUACGUCGGCUAUGCUAAAUUUCAUCUCAGGGUGGGUUACCGCUGUGGUUUCGUUACUUACUUUAGGGGCAGUGUCGAUUGAUCGAGUUCUUUGCCUUAUUCUUCAUUUACGCUACAACACCCUCGUAACUGUUUCUCGUGUAUUCAAGACCGUCGCUAUAAUGUGGAUCUUUUCCAUUGCAUUUGCUAUGGUGAGGUUUUGGAUGAGCAAUGAUUCUUGGUAUUUCAUCGCAAUGACGGUCUUACUCAUGCCAUUUCUAGUCAUAAGCGUGAGCACCUUGAAAAUAUUUCAGAUUGUACGAAGUCACCAACGACAGAUCAACGUCCAAACUGAGGCUAUCAGGCAUCUUCAAUCCAACACAGUGAAUGUACUCAAGUGUAGAAAAUCAGCUGUGACAGUACUUUAUAUUUAUGGCUUGCUCUUGAUUUUCUUCCUGCCCUUCUUUGUAGUGGUGAUUAUUGAAGUAUAUCACGUUGGUUAUACAAGGACAAUAAGAAUUGCGUAUAGCUAUGUUGGGACUGCUGUUUUCAUUAACUCUUUCUUAAAUCCACUUGUUUAUUGCUGGAGAAAUAGAGAGUUACGACAAGCUGCGAAGCGUGCCCUGAUAAGAGACUAAGAGACGGGGAAUUUGAGCCCCGGGAUUUGAGCCAAUCAGAAACUUGGUACACCAACAUGGCCGCCGUCACAUUGUUUUAAAACAUCAAUAUGGCCGCCGUGACGACUUGUAAAAAUGCUCAAAACAAAUGAAAUAUGUGCAAAGACUGAUGUUAAAGCAUAAAAACAAACUGUAUGUGUUGUGGUACAAUUUUAUCCAUGGUUUAAUUUUAUUAUACUUUGUUUUGGGGUAUGAUAAUGUAUGAUGAUGAGUUUGAAACAAAGGGAAAUAAAAUUUAAACCAAGGACAAAAUUGAAAUAAAAAUAAUAUAUCAGCAAGUCCACAGCAACAAACCAUCGAGUGGUGCCGGAUCUGCCAGUUGUAGACCUGGAUCAGUACAAUAAUAAUUGGUAGAAAAUCAUAAAACGUCAGACUGAUCUUUACGGCAAGGCUAUGAAGAAGUAAACAAAAGAAUAAAACAAAAAAUACACAUUCAAACCGAUUGAACCAACAAAUAAAAUUCAAACAAUUAAACAAAUAUAAACAAAGAGAAUACAAAGAAAAGUUUAUUGUAAUUGUCCUUCUUUUAAAAAAACUUUCCAACCAGACUAUCUCCAUAAUGGUAUCAUUUUACUGCAGGUUGUGGCUUUGAAAGCACGUGACAAGGCGGCCAUGUAGAUGGUCGGUCGUCACUUGCUUCCAUCCGCCAAACUGACAUUUUCCUCUCAGUGGCUCUCACAAGACAUUUCACUUUUCUUACAUGAAAUUUCUCUGUCUCUUGAAAUUUCUCUUCAUGAAAGUCUAAGUCUCUUCAAUUUUUAAGGAAAAAAAAUUCAGGAUGGCACGAGUAGGAUUCCAUCUUGGAGCAUCGGCUCUGCAGGGCAUCACUUCAACCCCUACACCACCGAGGAUUUGCUGACAAUGAAUGGUUUGAUUUGAAUAUAUAUAGCAACAACCCUAACCCUAACACUAAACCUUACUUUGUGUACGAAUCAUUAAUCUGUCAAGUGGAGUUUAGUUCCCAGAGGAGAGAGAGAUGCAGAUUAUGUUCUUGGUUUUUGUUGACCACCAACGUGGCUGCCGUGACGUCACAUGCAAAUCAGCAAUACCAGAAUGCUUUAGGGUUUUAUUUUUUAUUGGACCCGUCUGAUGUUUUUUAAUCUUUAUUGUGAUAACUAAAUUUAAUUAGUUUGAAAAAAGGAAAAACUGACAGAAAUUCUGGAAAAUAACAAUAACCUAGUGUUGACACAAUUUGUAUACAAAUAUUCUUCCCAUUGCUUUCCGGAUAUUUUUUUUCUUGCUUGUUAAUAUUACAUAUUUAGUGAAUAAAUAACAAUAAAAUAACUACCGUCACUCAGAGGGGUUCUUAAAUUAAUACAAAGAUGAAAAACCUUUUUGUUUUUGGAUUCUAAAGCUGACACAAUCGGGCUUUCGAUACAUGAGAAAAGUUGAGUUAAAUACAGCCGACACAUUUUUAAAACAAUAUUUAUUUAAGGUCUGCUGGUGACAGUUAAUGUUACUCUUAAAGUGACUUUUCCAUCUUAAAUCUCUUUACGUGUAGAUGAGCUCAUAUAAUCUAGACGAAAAAAGGUAAAGAAAAAAAAUGAUCUAAAUUUUGAAAACAGUAGCCAUAUAUUGUUGCGACAGGGGUAUCGGUGAUUUAAAAGAAUUAUAAAUUAUUUAAAAAAAUUGAAAAGCUACUUGAAUCUAUUAUUUCUGUCAGAAGUCUGACUUAAUUUAAAAAACAACAUUGGUAUCAAUUACGCUGUCUUUGAACUCGCGUGACAAUUUUCUGCCUAUUGGACAACAGUAAAAGGAUAACUUGUUUGACCUUCUUAAAAACUAUCAUGUAUUAUUUUCAUCGCCUCAGUCUAAUAGCAUUCCAAGCCUACUUGUUCAGUCCGCAUGAUUUACUGACCUCGAAAGGAAAAAAUACAUGUAAGCUUGUCGUUUUUCUUUUUCUUAGUAAGCUCUUCUGUCGAUUUUCAUCGACAGCUUCUGUUGCUAUUGUUUGGGAGCCUUUUCAGUUGAAUCAUCUCCGGUAGCCUUCAAAAAGUGUCAAUCGUCCAAAGAGAUUUGAAACGUGUUCACUCUGGUACGAACUGGAGCAUCUUGCCUCCCCGAAAGGACUCGCUAUGAACACAACUGGAAAAACCUGUUUCUUCUUUGAAGGAAGGCACGUUAAUUUCGACAAAUCACAGGAAGUUUUCAUCGCAAAUAUUGUAACUUGUAUCCUUAAUUUUCUACUUUCUCUAAUGACAUUUGGGGGAAAUUUUCUCAUCGUAUUUGCUAUUGGAAAAACCAAAGAUCUUCAUUCGCCAUCUUUUGUCCUUUUGGGUUGCCUGGCAGUCUCAGAUCUUCUUGUUGGUCUGAUAUGCCAACCAUUAUUUGUGGCACAUAAAAUAGCCGAAUUCAAGGAGAGCUUUGAUGCGUUUUGUACGUUGAAAAUGCUUCAGUCGCUAUCAAGUUGGAUAACAGCUGGCGUUUCUUUUUUCAACCUAGCAGCAAUCUCCAUUGAUCGACUCCUCGCUUUAACUCUUCACUUACGAUACAACGCAAUUGUCACCGUUCCACGCAUACUGCAAACCAGUUUUGUUAUCUGGAUCUUGAUGAUUGCACUGAAUGCUCUAAGGAUUUGGAUGCGCAAUAAAUGGUACAGCAUUCCCAUCGUCAUGGGUUGCCUAACAUUUCUUGUUACAACAACCAGUAUCUUCAGAAUAUUUCAAAUUGUUCGACGACAUCAACGCCAGAUAAACGACCAAGCAGUAGCUGUCAGUCAUCCUCGAGCCAACACAGUGAACAAGCGUAGAAAGUCAGCUGUGACAGUACUUUAUAUUUACGGCUUGUUCAUAAUAUUCUACCUUCCUUUCAUGGUUCCAUUAGUCAUGGAGGUAAUAAUCGGAUUUACAAGAACAGUAAGGAUUACAUAUGACUACGCUGUAACUGCUAUUUUCAUCAAUUCUUGCUUGAAUCCGCUUGUGUACUGUUGGAGAAUCAGUGAGAUAAGGCGAGCUGUGAAAAACAUCUUGAAGAAAGAGUAAAAAAUACUAUGAAAUAAGCACCUCGUGAACAGAUUCUUUCUGGUCAAUUACCUUGUUCAAAAUUUAUCUCAGCCCUUUUUUCAUGAUAAGUUUGAGGUCAGUGGUCCUUACGAAUCAAUUUGUUGUUAUCCCUGAGCGAACGCAGACGUAGACUCUUUUUUUUAUAUAAGAAUUUUGUUUUCCCGGCCGAGGCUGAAUAUUCUUAUUUUUGUGCCGAUUUUAGGCUGAAAAUAUUCUUGUAUUAUUCUUAAAUUAUAGCUUAUGACAUUUCCGUUUUAGAAUGUAUUGGGGUAUGAAGUAUAGUUAGUGCAGGUUUUUGCGCCUUGUUGGCAAGUUUUGCCGUUCAGAGGAUGGAAUAAGUUGAAAACAUAAUUGUGUGGUUUUUACAGUUUUUGAACACACAAAAUUACAUCCUUUUCAAAACCUCAGCCUGGGGUUUAUUCUUAAAAUAUUCCUAAAAUUUCGCAAAUUUCAGCCUCGAUAUUCUUAUAAAAUAUAUUCUUAUAGAAAAAAAAGAGUGUAUUUCGGUGCGUCGAUCCCCUGGGGGAGAGACUCCUCAUAGAAAAUGGGUGGGGAUGCUCGUCGUCUCGCCUAGGGGUAUAAAUUUCGGAUUUUGGUCUCACUUGGGGUGUUCUGGGCAAAACGCCAUCAUAUUUAGCCGUGAAGGUCUCGUUUAGGGUUGCACGCGAAAAAAAAACAUAAAACUAUAUAUUUGAUAUGUAUAUUUUUAAUGCGUUUUAUUUACUCCAUUCAUAUAUAAUCCAAGUUUUCUCAUUUGUCUGUCUUUUAACAUGGUCUCUUUUAGGGGUCAAAAAAAGCUUGGGCCACGCCCAGAUCGGUCUCCUUUAGGGGUUUAAUUCAAAAUUUCCGACGAGCAUUCCCACCCCUUUCAUAUGCGGAGUUCCCCCCGAGUCGAUCCUCUUCGCGGUAAUCGGAAAUACGUCUGCGUUGCCAGGUUAGAGUUUGAGGCUAGUCGUUUACUGUUGAUCAUAUUCGGAUUAAUUUAAACCAUUGUUUUCGACAAUUCUAACAAAACAGUAACAGCAGUAGCAGCAAUUUGAUGUCUGAGCCCGCAGUUAGCUUCCUUACAACUAACCGAGGUGGGACAAUAAAUAAUAAUAAAAAUAAUAUUUAUUGCUUGUUUGGCGCAAAUCAAAAUAUUAAUAUGUUUGAUUAAAUGCGCCUUACAUUUAUAUCUUACCUACAUACAUACUAUAAAAUGUACAAGCAGAAUUAUAUAACAUAGUCCUAAAUUAAGUAAAAGUCUAAAAAAAACUGAUAAGAGACAUAAAAAUGACAUUUUAAAAUGAAAAUUCUUAUAAAAUAUAAAUUAAAAUUAAGAACUAAAUCUAACACUAAAAAACACGAGUAAUCAUGCUAAAAGAGGCUCUAGGUGUCACAAGCAAAUGCUUUCUUGAACAAGUACGUCUUAAUUGCUUCUUUGAAAAGAUCAGAACCUCUAAUUGCUCUUACUGGUGAAAUAAAAGAAAGAACAUUAACACACAUAAAAAAAAUUUCAAAUAAAAAUAGGAAAUGAUCUCUAAAAGCAUUGCACAACAGGUAUGUUUUACGAAGACCCUGGCUACUUCUCGGCAACGUCGUUCCAGGGGCUCUCUAAGCUCUCUUUUGCUUCCCUUACAACAAGUUUGGCCUCUUGGCCGACUUGAUUUUCACUGAGGUAGCUUGCCAUCCUAACUACCGGUAGUUUAAGCAGUUUUCCUCAAAUGAAGAUCAUGAUUACCGAAUCAACCCACAAAACAAGCCCACAGUAGUCAGUACAAGAUGACGUUAAUUGUCGUACGAGAAAAACGAUAUUUUCUUACAUGGCAGUUUAAAUUUAUGUUUCCUGCAUUGCUCUGCUACGUGAGGUUCUCAGCUGCCUUUAAGAAACGACCUAACCAUUUAGUAAUAUUACCUACUUUAAUAUCAGGGGAAAAGAUCAGAUUACGAUUUUAGCUUGAAGUUAAGUUAGCAGGUGAUACCACGCGUAACUCAGGACAGCCAAUCGUUGUGGUUUCUAUGAACAAAAAGCAAAUGUUUGGUUAAAAUAUAUUAUACCAAAGUAAAUAACACUUUUACUCUGUCAGGAUCCGAUUUGGUUACAAAUUAAAUAAUGUAUACAUUUGCUGCAAAAUUGUUUUCAUAGGUUAAAUCGAAUUUUCCUGUUUUGUUGAACAGUGCAAGGCUUCGAGCUGAUUUUUCCACCCUCUUUGUAAGUUUACUUAACAAUACACUUCACUCAUCAUGAACAAAACAGAAAAAACCUGUUUCUUUUUUGAAGACAUCUACCUUAACUUCGAUGAGGCGGAGGGAGUCUUCGUCACAAACAUUGUAACGUGCGUUCUCAAUAGCAUUUUUUCUCCAGUAACAUGCUUGGGGAACUUUCUCAUUGUGUUUGCGAUUGCCAAAACCCAAGAUCUUCAUUCGCCGUCUUUCAUUCUCCUGGGCUGCCUCGCAACUUCAGAUCUUCUUGUAGGUCUGCUAUGUCAACCAAUUUUCGUGGCAUGUAAAAUUACAGAGGUUACAAAGAAUUUUAAGAUGUACUGUACAUUGAAAAUGCUCCUGAAUACCUUGGCUUGGAUAGCGAUUGGGUCCUCUUGCCUUACGCUGGCCGCAGUAUUCGUCGAUCGAGUUCUCUGCCUUACUCUUCAUUUAAAAUACAACGCGACUGUAACUGUUUCUCGCAUUUUUAAAAUGACGUCCGUUCUGUGGAUCUUUUUUAUAAUAUUUGUUUUGGUGAAGUUUUGGGUGAGCAGUGCCUGGAAUUUCAUUGCCAUAGCCGUUUCCGUCCUUAUAUUUCUUGUAAUAGCCAUCAGCACCUUGAAAAUAUUUCAAAUUGCCCGAAGGCACGAACGACAAAUUACUGUUCAAGCUUUAGCUCUCAGCCAUCUUCAAACCAACACAUUGAAUGCAUUUAAGUGCAAAAAAUCAACUGCGACAAUACUUUAUAUUUUCGGGUUGUUGCUACUAUUCUGUCUUCCUUACUUUAUAGUGUCGAUCAUAGACAUUUUCUUUGAAUACACCACAAAAGUAAAUAUUUCUUAUAGUUAUGCUCUGACAGCUGUUUUUAUGAACUCGUUAAUAAAUCCGUUUGUGUACUGCUGGAGACUUAAGGAGAUACGUCAAGCAGUGAAGAAUAUCCUGAGAAAAGAAAGACACUGAAGAUCAGACAAACACUAGACAUGAAAAAGGAGGCAACGUAGCCUAGCGGUUAGAGCCGCUGAACUUGCAAUUCGGAGGCCGCCCUGACCGUGAACCUGACCGCUAGCUGGACUUUUUUUCUCGGUCGUCCCGAGUUAAAAUCCUCGCCACCACGCUUGUAAAAUAGCCAACUGCUUUCUGUAUCGCCGAGGUUAAAUGACUGUAGUUUAUUUAUAUAUUUAUUUAUUUAUUUGUUUAUUUAUUUAUUAUUUUUAAUUUCUUAAUUUUCGAAAUGUACGGAAUUGCAUCUCUGGCAAUAUAUCCAAUUGGCGUCAAUCAUCUUGCUUUUAAAGUUUGUCAAAAAAUAGGCUCUUUUUAGCCUUUCAACCCAUGCCUUAACUUGCCUGAGAACCUCGGAAAUGCUUAGGUCUUACCCAUGGUAGUCUAUAUUUCGCUGGAAGUCACCGAGGGAGUAAUAAGAGUUGCCGAGAUUGUAAAGGAAAUCUUUUUCAUUUGUUUUUAGCCUCACUUUCAAAAAGAGGCUUGGGGCAUGGACCUCUUUACGACUAUUACGUUACGUUUUCCCAAUGAAGGUCUCAGGGAAAUUUGCCUCUUUGAUUUGAAAGAAACAGUUCUCAAGAUUAUUAUCACAUGGCCUACAUUGGGAAAAAGAUAUCUCGAAAAAGUUCUUUAUCGCAAGUAUUUCAACUUGUGACCUCAAUGUUUUUGUUUGUCAACUUUGACCAAACGGAAGAAUGUAUUAUAACAAGUAAUCAUUAUCGUUAUCGAUAUUAUUGUUAUUGUUAGUGUUUGGAAAACUUGUUAAUGUAGACAAACUUCAAACUAAUUUUACGCGCUGUUUGAGAUCGCGUAGUACCGAUACGUAACCAAUACCAUCUCACGGCCAUAACUAAACAUCUGUUAUUAAUCUGCCUGUCUGCGAUAUAAAGACAUUUUCGAAAAUAAUGAUGAAAUUUCCCGGUCUUCAACAGGCAAAUCUACAGUAUUAUUUUUAUACAUUUUAUUGAUUAAUUAUUUCUUAUAGCUAGUCAGUUUUUAGCUUUUUAUCACUGUAAUGCGCAAUUGAAAAUGUUUACAUUGAUAAUUGCGCAAUAGAAAUUGAUAAAUAAUUAUUAAUUAUUAUUAUCAUUAUAAUGAACAGCAGCUGUAUCAAAUGUUACGUUACCUCCUGUAUUGUACCGAUAAGGUUCACUAUUCGACAAGCUUUAUCACUGUUUUAUGUCUAUUCUGUUCUAAAGUUAUUACUCAGUGCCUUACACCAUAGUUAUUAGAGGAGCAUGGUUAUGAAAAGCGGCAAACAUCAAUGAUAAAAACAAUAGCGCUGCAGUUUAUGUUGGAAGCUCCCUGAAAGUGCACAAUCCUUUGUUUUCUGUUGGCAAAUUGUUACGGAAUAAAUUAUUGCAACGUUUUUAUUGGUCAAUACAAUCAAAACGAUAGGAAUGCGUUUGAACGUUGUGCACUUUUAGUUUCACAAACACAUUUAACAAAGGAAUCUGAAUGGUUUCAUAACCAUUCCACUCAAUUAACUAUGCUUAAACCAAAAACAAAAUGCUCAUGUAGGAAGCCCUAAUACUGAUAAAAUUUUUGGUGAUUUAUUGCUAGCAUAGCAUAAAAACUUGAAAAGUUGGCCCAUGUUUUUCAAGUUUUAAUCUAUGUCCAUCUUUGCCAUCCGUUUCAACAGACGACAGCAAACUGUUUCAAUGCAUAAAUAUACUCUUAAAUAACAAAACUGGGCCAUUAUUUUGGGAAUUCAAUUGAUGCAAAGAAAGCUUUAGCUUUUCGAUAAGAUUAACCGUGUAGAGAGGACCAUGGAUAUACCAUGUUUCAACCACGGUUUUUCCAUGGUUGAACAGUUUUCCAGCCAUGGUCUACUAUGCUUUGGCGGUGAUCUAACCAUGGUUUGACCAUGGUCAACCAUGAACGUUAUAUGAAGAACCAGAAAUCAAUUAAAAAUUUUCCUCUGUUCUUAUCUACUUGAAAGAACAAACAAUGCAUUUCUCUCUGUUUUCCCCACAAUAGUUUUUCGUAUACUCGACAGUUAAAACUCGUAACUCAGUCCCAGAGAAUAUAUCAUUUGUUGCAGAUAAAACAAGGAACACCUCAAUGCCAGCUUUUCGCUAACCCUGUUGGAGCAGUGUCGGAUCAAGGGGAUGGGCCCCAAGGACCCGCCCCCUUAUUUUUAGACCAAACUGAGGCCGAAAGUAUGGAUCCGCCUCUGUGGAGUAAACCGCGUUACAUAGCUACUUUUUUUUAAAGCCGGGUAAAAGACACGCUAGGGCAGUCCAACUCUCGUAUAAGGUCUCCGCGCACGAAAUUUUCCGUUAAUUUAUAAAACCUGACAUAUUUUCGUUCUUCACCAAAUUUGGUCAAUAGAUAUUGAGCACUGUGCCAAUCAAAUGGAAAAGAACGAUGAUGUUAUCUGUUAAACGAUUACGUCAUAAGCUUACAAUCAGAUUUCGAAUGACAUCUUCCUAAUAUAUAUUUUUCCACAAACUCACCUCUUUAAAGUAACAAAACCGUUUUUCCCCUUGUUUUUUUUUUACAUAGUAAACUGUAGAAAGGAAACAUUGCCGAGGUUUAAGGUAUAUGUUCACAGUUUUACUUCCCUCGCAUAACAUCAAGGGAGAAAAUAGGCAGGCACUGGUUAUAAGGGGAAGUAUUGGGCACUAGUUACAAAUUCAUGCAUUUCAAAACAGCAUAAUGUAAAGGAAGCAUUAGCUCGUUAUAAUUGUGAACAGUUGUUUUAUUGGAAAAAAGUGUAAAUUUUGCCAAUUUCUGGUCCCAACUCAUCUAGUAAUAAUGGGAGAACGAGCCAAGCAUAAUCUUGUUUUUAUGCUGGCUUGCAGCAUAAAAAGAGCUGUCUCACGAAAUUUAUGAAACUCAAACUGCGAAAACAGCCACCAAAUUGAGCGAAACAUAAAAGUAACCGCUCAAAACGUUACGAAAAGAUAAAAAAAGAUAUAAAUAUCACAACAAAUACACUAAAAAAGAGAAGAUGUUGAAGAAGAUUAUAAGGGAUGGCAAUUGUGGUUUUUGCAAACCGGUUAGCCUAACAAUUUUUUUAAAGUUCAGAAUUAUUUGUUGAGAGACAUAUUUGUUUGACACGAAGCUGUAAUUUGGUCAUUCAUAAGUAAUUUCUCCAGUUCCAAGGCGAACAAGGACACGUAAUUGGCAUUAUUAACAUCAAGAUGAGCUGGGUAGCCGUGACACAACUCCUUUCGCUCUCUGCAAAUCGUCAUUCAAAAAAGAAGAAGAAGAAAAAAAACUCAAAAAGUCGGUCUUCCUAAGUCUACUGUGAAACUGCCACCGAUCUUUCUUUCUUAACGUCUAAUGGUACAAUAAUUAUACUCAGAACAGCAGCUGUUGAACUUAUAACUUCCUGUUAUGAUUUUCUACCUUGAUAAAGAUGACUGAGAACAGAUUAAACUUGGAAUCACAUCACGAAUGUCAACGUUUGGAUGGAUGUUUUCCACUCAAUAUUAAUUUGGCCUUCAAAAACCUGAAAUAAUAUGGUGUCCAUCUUAUUGGAAUGCUUAACACUGUAAAACUGCAUUGUCAUUGAACUGUAAUAUUGAAACAUUGGUUAUGGUAAAGGUAUUCGCGUGUAGUCUCAUCUUCUGAAUUAAAAACAAAUGCCCUUUUCACAGGCAUAAAUUAAAAUCUGAUGAUCGCUGGAAAGUUUCCGAAGCUACACUAAGUGCUCGCCCAGCAUUUAUAUGCCUUAAGUGUAGUGCCAAACAUUUACAUCGUUGCAGUAAUAAUAUUGUUCCUAGAAGUAUUCGUCAUUUUAAGUAUGUUAACGUGUGAUCAACAUUGUUGCGGUUCAUGGCAACCAAUCGUAAUUGUCAGUGUGAGCGUAAAGAAGUAGUCCAUUAUUUGUUAUGACGUAAGUAUAAAACUGGCAAUUAGUUUUGUCACGAACGUGCCUUAAAAAAGUGCGAUGUUGUAUAUUAGGGAAAUUUUGAAGUGUACUUGAUUAGUACUAACCUGAGCUUGAGUUGGUAUAUGAGCAUCAGAUGACAAGAAAAACAUUGAAAAAAAUUAUCAGUGCAAUCCGAACGCUGACUCCAUGAAAAGCGACUAGAUAAAGAAAGACUGGUUUCAGUUCAUGUGGCUCUGAGAACGGCUUUCUGACGGCACACUUUGUUCGCCAUGUCGAACAAUACAGAAAAAGACUGUUUCUUCUUUGAAGAUCAGCUUCACUUUGAUAGCACGGAAGAAGUCUUCAUUACAAAUAUUGUAACUUGUAUCCUCAACACUUUUUUUUCUUUGCUAACAUGCAUAGGAAACUUCAUUGUUGUAUUUGUGAUUGGAAAAACCCGAGAUCUUCAUUCGCCAUCGUUCAUCCUUUUGGGUUGUCUUGCGGUCUCAGACCUUCUGGUUGGCCUUAUAUGUCAACCGUUAUUUGUGGCACAUAAAAUAGCUGAACUUAAGGAGAAUUUCGCAGUGUUCUGUAAAUUGAAAGUGCUUCAGUCUCUAUCAGCUUGGAUAACAGGUGGCGUUUCUUUGUUUAUCUUAGCUGCAGUGUUAAUUGACCGACUUCUGGCACUAACUCUUCAUCUGCGAUACAACACGAUUGUCACCGUUCCUCGCGUAUUUCAAACAACUAUUGCUUUGUGGAUCUUUGCUACAGUGAUCGUUUUACCGAGGUUUUGGAUGGCAAGCAAAUGGCAUUUUAUCCCGAUAGCAUUAGGCGUUCUUAUAUUCUUUGUCAUCGUGAUAAGUGUCUGGAAAAUAUUCCGAAUU